UCUGCAACACACAAGGGGAGUGUGCAAAGCUGUGAACUUCGUGGGGUUGUGGCCAGCUGUGCUGCAUUUCCUUUUGUUCAGGCAAGCAGAGGCUUAAAGCGAAAAGCCGAAGUCUGAGCUAGCAGUGGACAUGGGGGAACUGUUUUGUUUGUUUCAAUUGGCAUCUGAAAUGAGUCAUUGCCACUUGCCAUGGUGAAAUGGCAAAUCUCGGCUUCCUGUGGUUCCAAGUCUGGGAUUGGAAAUCCACAAGACAGCUGGCAGUUGAAAACCAGUUGAAGGACAGCCGGGGUAUUCCAGAAAUGUUUGAGGACCUCUUCCAUGAAGGAAGAGGAGUCGCUAAACUUCAUGUGUCUUCAACAUUCUUUUUCCAAGGAGAUGACCAAGGAGCUCUGGCUAGGACCGCGUUAGUAUCUCUGUCUUUACCCAUCUUGAGUUAGGAUGGGGAGAGGAGGAGGGAGCUUCUUCUUCUGUCCUGUGCCUUCCCGCAUGUCCUUCCCCCAUCCCGACUCACGCACAUGCACACACAACCUUGAAGCCGAUGAGCUUGAGUGACUGGCAUUUGGGACCACAGAGAAAUGUCAGUGUGUCUGGUUACAGACUCAAGGAAACCUCUCAUUUUAGAGUGCUCACUGGGUAAGACUCAGCCGCCUGGAAUGGAGGAGCAGAGUUAUCUGCGUGGGGGAAGGAACUUAAAAAUGAGAUUCACCCACCUCAGGGUGCUGCCUUGCAUGUUCUGCAGCACGUAGGCCAAUUUGGAUAGAGGACAGGAAUCCGAGCCAGGAGACCUAGGGCCAGGCCGGUAACCAUCUACACGACCCAACAUGACCUCCCUGGGCCUCAGGCCCUUUUCCCCGGAAAAUAGCUCUAAAGAGCUAAGCUUUCUCAAAUGGAGAAAGAGAGUUCCCAGAGGAUAUGGUUUGUUUUAUUCACAACCCACAUAAAGCAGAGUCUUAUACCUAUGCCUUGCCUGAGUUUUGUUUUAGAGAAACCGAUUUGGAGAGAGUACAUAUUUUAUUAAAUCUCUCUAAGGUUUAGUGCUCCCCGGCCGGUUCUCAGCUAAACCUCACAGUUAAAUCUUUCACCAGGAGGGAGAAGUACACACUGGAAGCUAUGGCACUCUGACUGGUCAUAGUCCAGAGAGGGAAGGGAGAGGAAACUUUGGGAAAGAGGGCAAAGAUACUCCAGGAAUGUGAAGACAUGCCAUCCUAGGCUGCGUUCGGUAGACUCUGUAUCCUGUCUUACAUGUUCCAGAGAGUCAGGAAAUACUGCCUACUUCUUUGUCCUAGGCAAGCUACUUGAACCCUUGGGUCAAUUUCGUCACCAGUAAAAUAAGGAUAAAGAUAUUGAGUCUUUCAGCCUCAUGGACUCAUUCUAAGACUUGAAAGAUAAUAUUUUAGCAGGUUUUGAGUACUGUCCAGUGUUUUUAGCCUCUGAAGAAAUAUUAUCACUGAUAGUGAAAGGAAUGUUUUUCUUAUUGCUUCUUUCCCAGAAACUCAAAUGGCCCUUGGACAGUUUGAACAUUUUACCUUGAGAAAGGAAAUCUGUAUGUCCCUGCAGUUAACGUACGCAGCAGCAUUCCCAGUACUCUGGGUGAAGACGUUAGUGUCACAGAGCUUUGAGUGCCUGCUGUUUCUGUAAGAGCAGAACUGGAAUAUGUUUGCUAGCUUGUGGUGAAACCGCACCAGCUGGCAGGCUGCAACUAUCAAAGCAAUAUGAAAAACGUGUGUCUUAAAAUAAGACUAUAGUGAGUGGACAAUCUUACAUUCAUUAAAUCAAUUUCUGUUUGCUCUCUUCUCUUUUUUGCAGUUUUUAAGCAAGAUUUUGCACUGUGAAGCAAGGCAUUGGGUGAAGACAAAAUGGCCUCACCGGCUGACAGCUGUAUCCAGUUCACCCGCCAUGCCAGUGACGUUCUUCUCAACCUUAAUCGCCUCCGGAGCCGGGACAUCUUGACUGAUGUUGUCAUUGUGGUCGGCCGUGAACAGUUCAGAGCGCAUAAGACAGUCCUCAUGGCCUGCAGUGGCCUGUUCUACAGCAUCUUCACAGACCAGCGGAAGUGCAACCUCAGUGUGAUCAAUCUGGAUCCCGAGAUCAACCCUGAGGGGUUCUGCAUCCUCCUGGACUUCAUGUACACGUCUCGGCUCAACCUGCGGGAAGGCAACAUCAUGGCCGUGAUGGCCACCGCUAUGUACCUGCAGAUGGAGCACGUUGUGGACACUUGCCGGAAGUUUAUCAAGGCCAGUGAAGCCGAGAUGGUUUCCGCCAUCAAGCCUUCUCGUGAAGAGUUCCUGAACAGCCGGAUGCUGAUGCCUCAAGACAUCAUGGCCUAUCGGGGUCGGGAAGUGGUGGAGAGCAGCCUGCCGCUGAGGAACCCUCCGGGGUGUGAGGGUAGAGCUUUUGCUCCCAGCCUGUAUGGUGGCCUGUCCACGCCGCCAGCCUCCUACGCCAUGUACAGCCACCUCCCGGUCAGCCCUUUCCUCUUCUCCGAUGAGGAGCUGCGAGAUGCUCGGAUGCCUGUGGCCAACCCCUUCCCCAAGGAGCGUGCCCUCCCCUGCGACAGUGCCAGGCCAGUCCCUAGUGAGUACAGCCGGCCGGCUCUGGAGGUGGCCCCCAGCGUGUGCCACAGCAGCCUCUACUCGCCCAAGGAGACGGUGCCAGAGGAGGCACGAGGUGACAUGCACUACAGUGUGACUGAGGGCCCCAAGCCUGCGGCCCCCUCGGCCCGGAGUGCCCCAUACUUCUCCUGUGACAAGGCCAGCAAAGAAGAAGAGAGACCCUCUUCAGAGGAUGAGAUUGCCCUGCAUUUCGAGCCCCCAAAUGCGUCCCUGAACCGGAAGGGUCUGGUUAGUCCACAGAGCCCCCAGAAAUCCGACUGCCAGCCCAACUCACCCACUGAGUCCUGCAGCAGCAAGAAUGCCUGCAUCCUUCAGGCCUCUGGCUCCCCUCCAGCCAAGAGUCCCACUGACCCCAAAGCCUGCAACUGGAAGAAAUACAAGUUCAUUGUGCUCAACAGUCUCAACCAGAACGCCAAGCCAGAGGGGCCCGAGCAGGCUGAGCUGGGCCACCUCUCCCCACGAGCCUACACUGCCCCGCCUGUCUGCCAGCCACCCAUGGAGCCCGAGAACCUUGACCUCCAGUCUCCAACCAAGCUCAGUGCCAGCGGGGAAGACUCCACCAUCCCCCAAGCCAGCCGGCUCAAUAACAUCAUGAACAGGUCCCUGACAGGCUCUCCACGAAGCAGCGAGGGGCACUCGCCUCUCUACUUGCACGCCCCCAAGUGCACGUCCUGCGGCUCUCAGUCCCCGCAGCAUGCAGAGAUGCGCCUCCACACAGCCGGGCCCACAUUCCCCGAGGAGAUGGGGGAGACACAGUCCGAGUACUCAGAUUCCAGCUGUGGUGAGAAACCCUACCGUUGCAACAUCUGUGGGGCCCAGUUUAACCGGCCAGCCAACCUGAAAACCCAUACUCGAAUUCACUCUGGAGAGAAGCCCUAUAAAUGCGAAACCUGCGGAGCCAGAUUUGUACAGGUGGCCCAUCUCCGGGCCCACGUGCUCAUCCACACCGGGGAGAAGCCGUAUCCCUGUGAAAUCUGCGGGACCCGCUUCCGGCACCUUCAGACUCUGAAGAGUCACCUGCGUAUCCACACUGGAGAGAAACCUUACCAUUGCGAGAAGUGUAACCUGCAUUUCCGCCACAAAAGCCAGCUGCGACUUCACUUGCGCCAGAAGCACGGCGCCAUCACCAACACCAAGGUGCAGUACCGCGUGUCGGCCACCGAUCUGCCUCCGGAGCUCCCCAAGGCCUGCUGAAGCGCGGAGCGUCGUCCGCGCUUUCCUCUCCAGCCUCUCCUGGGCAUCAUGGUCGACCCGCGGGUACUGCGACACUUUCCGGCGUUCAUCCCAUGCUGCAGUGCCUCUUUCAUCCACU